AUGACGAGAGUAGUCGUUACCGGAAUAGGCAUAGUCUCACCGCUUGGUGUAGGCUUACGACAUAAUUGGAAACGACUAAUAGCAGGAGACUCGGGUAUCAUAUCCACCACUCAAUUACCCAAUUACGCCAAGGAUGGAUGGGAUAAGAUCCCAUCAAAAGUAAUUGGAAAAGUCCCCGAGGGAUCCAUCGCCGAUGGCAAAUGGGACCCGCUGGACCAUCUACCCAAGUCCGAGAUUCGUCGAAAUGCUGAAUUUUCACAAUAUGGACUUGCAUGUGCACAAGAAGCGUUUUUGGACUCAAAGCUAAUUAAGGGAGAUGCGGCACAAGUAGAAUUGACAAAUAUGGACCCAAGAAGAAUAGGGGUUGCCGUUGGAAGUGGGAUUGGCUCAUUCCAUGAUGUUUACAACAAUGCUCAAGGAUAUAUGACGAGUGGAUACAAAAAAGUUCAACCAUUGUUCAUUCCUCGUUUACUCAACAAUAUGUGUGCCGGAAAUAUCUCCAUCAAGUACAACUUGAAAGGACCCCUACAUUCGGUAUCAACUGCAUGUGCUACUGGGCUUCAGGCUAUUGGAGAUGCAUACAAUUUUAUCAAGAUGGAUUAUGCCGACGUAAUGGUUUGCGGAGGUACAGAGAGCUCGAUCCAUCCUUUGGCGCUUGCAGGUUUUGCCAGAGCCAGAUCAGUAGUUACUGAUUUCAACGAUACACCGGAAAACGCAAGUCGUCCUUUUGACAAGGACCGAAAUGGGUUUGUACUAAGUGAGGGAUGUGGGAUACUUAUCUUGGAAAAAUUAGAACAUGCAUUAGCUAGAGGCGUAGGUGAAGAGGAGAUUUAUGGUGAAAUAUUAGGCUAUGGUAUCUCAGGUGAUGCAUAUCAUAUUACCGCGCCCAGGGAAGAUGGUGAAGGUGCAUAUAAUGCCAUGAGCCAGUCUUUGGAGCGAGCAAACUUGGACGCUAGCCAAAUUGGGUAUAUCAAUGCGCAUGCCACGUCCACCGUAAUUGGAGAUCGAGCUGAAAAUAAUGCAAUGAUGAAGAUUUUUGGGAAAAAGUCACAAACUGGAAACAAUCCUGAAAAGAAGUUUCCCCUAGUUUCAUCUACCAAGUCAUCUGUAGGUCAUUUACUAGGUGCUGCUGGAGCAGUAGAGUCAAUAUAUACUCUAAAUGCUAUAAAAACAGGAGAGAUUCCACCUACAUUGAACUUGAGUCUGCCGGGUGGUCACCCUGAAGACGAUUCUGAACAAUUCAAGACAUUUGACUAUGUUGCAAAUGAGGCAAGUAAGGGUGUAGAUUUGGACUAUGCAAUGUGUAAUUCAUUUGGCUUUGGUGGUGUCAAUAGUAGUUUGUUGUUUGGAAAAUACAAAAGUUUUGUUUAG